AUGCCGGCGGCCAAGGAAAAGGAACUCCCCCGUGUUGACCAACUUCAAGACUACGACUAUGCCGUGGCUGGACAUGAUGGGACCAUGUGCGACCCCGACGGCUCGAUUUUCGUCAAGCCUUGCACCCAAGCCGAAAUCAACUUCUACGAGACCACCAAGUCAAAGUAUCCCGCCUUUGCCAGUCUUAUGCCAGUCUACCUCGGCUGCCUAUCGUUAAACGGCGCCGGCGCCGAUCAGGUUGGCAUCGACCAAGCUGGGGCAGGCGUCAUUCCGGACGGCGCCCUACAAACCGUGGAUGGGGGCCUGCUCGCAUCGAUCGGAGAGAGAAUUGUCAGUGCCACUCAAGAUGUCCAAGCCCAGGGUGCCGUUAUGUGGGUGCCUUCCGAAGGAAAGAAGAUCCAGACAGACACGUCUGUCGUGCUCGAGAACUUGACGUAUGGCUUCCACAAGCCCAAUGUCCUCGACAUCAAAUUGGGGACCCGUCUAUAUGCCGACGAUGCGCCUAAGCAAAAGCAGGAGCGAUUUCAAAAGCUUAGCCGAGAGACGACCCACCACAAAUUUGGAUUCCGCAUCGCCGGCAUGCGCGUUUUCCGCGGGUCCGAAAACCAUGUUGAAUUGAAUUGUGACGAGUACAAGAUUUACGACAAGGACUAUGGGCGAUACACGGUCAACGAUGACAAUGUGUUGGAUGAACUCAAGCGAUUCGUCUUCAACAAGGCUGCGGGUAUUGACGAGAACCUGGGCAGGGCCAUUUGCGAGGCUUUUGCCAAAGACCUUGGCGACAUGGUUGAAGUCAUGUCUGACCAUGAAUUCCACACGUUCUCGACGUCACUUCUGCUUGUGUUUGAAGGUGAUGGCAAGAUGCUUCGCAAAGCCAUUGAUGCCAACAACGAGUACGUAGACGGCGCAACCGACCCUCCGGCUACCAAGCGAAUUGAUAGUGGCAUUUGCUUGGACGAUGAGGACGAGGUUCCAGCGCUGCCGCCCGUGUUCAGGCUCAAGCUCAUCGAUUUCGCCCACGCUGCGUGGAAACCGGGAUCGGGCACAGACGAAAAUACCAUCAAGGGCGUGAGAAGCUUGCAGAGACUCUUCUCAGAAAUGGCGCAAUGA